CCUCCCCCCACCACCCUUCCGCCUACCUUCUCUUGACUUCCAGAAGACGCCCGGGUGCGAGCAAUCGAUGCAGGCGGUCUGCCGGCAGAUGCCAACUUGGCCGAACAGCGCGCCACUUAAUCAGUCUGAACCUCAACACAUAGAAAGCCGCUGCCCAUCAACAGAGAGGCUACGAGGAGGAGGCGCAUCCCGAGAGAGCAUCAUGUGAUCUGAGCCCGAAAGGAACCCCAUCGAGGAAGCUCGCAAGCACUCGCGUCGGCAUCGCCACUAUCGGCAACUCGGACUGCGGCUAGCAAACCUCCUCUUCUCCCAAACCCCGUCGGGACUGGAAGAACCAUGACCUCCUUAUAAGCCCGUGCGGCACCCUGGAGCUCCUUUUUUAUUUUUUUUUAUAUUCCAACCAUUGUUUCCUCAGUAACUGAGCCCUCAACUGGAUUUUAACCUCGCUGACGACUCGUUCGCGACCUUCGCCGGACACUCUGUUGGAUUAUGCGCUAAUCCAGCAUUCCCAUGGGGGAUUAAAGCAGACCGGAGAACGACACUGACUGACUUUUGGCUGGACUACAAACUGCGCAGGGCUUUUUCUUCAGCGAGCGGCACGCGUCAUGGCCGGGAAGGGCAACCCGAUGCCGGGCCCGCACCUAAACGGCUUCCCGAUGCCCGCCUACUCCUACUUCUUCCCGCACAUGUUGGGGAGUCUCUCGCCUCCGGCCUUGCCAGGACUUCCUCUCAGCGGCUACAGUACCCCCUCGCCAGCCACGAUAGAGACGCAGAGUACCAGCUCGGAGGAGAUAGUGCCAAGCCCGCCCUCGCCUCCCCCGCCGCCCCGCGUCUACAAGCCCUGCUUUGUGUGCCAGGACAAGUCCUCAGGGUACCACUAUGGUGUCAGCGCCUGCGAAGGCUGCAAGGGCUUCUUCCGGAGAAGCAUCCAGAAGAACAUGGUGUACACUUGUCAUCGCGAGAAGAACUGCAUCAUCAACAAAGUCACUCGAAAUCGCUGCCAGUACUGUCGGCUUCAGAAGUGCCUGGAAGUGGGAAUGUCCAAGGAGUCCGUUAGAAACGACCGGAACAAGAAGAAGAAGGACGAAAAGAAGCAGGAAUGCACGGAGAGCUACGUGCUGAGUCCCGACACGGAGCAGAUGAUCGACAGGGUCCGCAAGGCCCACAAGGAAACGUUCCCCUCCCUCUGCCAGCUCGGCAAAUACACUACGAACAACAGUUCGGAGCACCGCGUGUCCUUGGACGUGGACCUCUGGGACAAGUUCAGCGAGCUGUCCACCAAAUGCAUCAUCAAGACGGUGGAAUUCGCCAAGCAGCUCCCCGGCUUCACCACGCUCACCAUCGCCGACCAGAUCACUUUGCUCAAAGCCGCCUGUCUGGACAUCCUGAUACUGCGGAUCUGCACACGCUAUACCCCAGAGCAAGACACCAUGACCUUCUCAGACGGACUCACGCUAAACCGAACCCAGAUGCAUAACGCCGGCUUCGGACCGCUCACCGACUUGGUCUUUGCCUUCGCCAACCAGCUGAUCCCUCUGGAGAUGGACGACGCUGAGACGGGGCUGCUUAGCGCCAUCUGUCUGCUGUGUGGAGAUCGUCAGGAUCUGGAACAAGCAGAGAAGGUGGACGUUUUGCAGGAGCCUCUUCUGGAGGCACUGAAGAUCUACGUGAGGAAGAGGAGGCCCCACAAACCGCACAUGUUCCCCAAGAUGCUGAUGAAGAUCACCGAUUUGAGAAGCAUCAGCGCCAAAGGGGCCGAGCGUGUCAUUACGCUGAAAAUGGAGAUCCCGGGCUCCAUGCCUCCCCUCAUCCAGGAGAUGCUGGAGAACUCCGAAGGUCUGGAGAGCGGCGCCGCGGGAGGCCGUCCCUGCGGCACCCCGCCGGGCAGCUGUAGCCCCAGUUUGUCCCCGAGCUCCGCCCAAAGCAGUCCAGCCACACAAUCGCCGUAGUAACGGCCCACCUUGGGUUGUGUCUGUUUGUUUGUUUUCACGCACGCCGGUCAGUCAGAGGAGGGGCGAAGGAGGAGGCCUUGACUGCUGACGGAUGGAGACCUUCCUCUCCCUGGUCCGCUUUUCCUCACGUGAGGGGGAGGCACGGCCCGCCGGGGCACGCCGCGCCGCCGCCCAGAGACCACACCGUAAACACUGCUGAUGACUCCGCCCCUCCUCCUCCUCCUCCUCCUCCUCCUCCUCCUCCUACUCCUCGUCUUCUUCCUCACUCCACCGCCACGCUGCUCGCUCUCCACUUCUCUCCAGAAGGCUGUUGGAAUGUCGCAUGAAUGCAGCGUUGCAGCACAGGAAGCAGGAGUGGCCAGGUUGGGAAGUUGACAGGCUUCUGGACAGAUUUGACAAACACCAGACACUUUUUUUUUUCUUUCGUUUCGUUGUUGUUGAUGUUGUUGCUGUUGAUGAUGAUGCAGACUACAAGUUCGGGGCUUGUCAAAUGACCCCCUUCCUCCUUCUUCCUUCCUCCUCAGAGACUCUGGGUCUUUUCUCUUUUCCCAGCUUCAAAAAGAAAAAAACAACAACAAACAAACGGAUUUCGUACACAAAGAUAUAUAUAAAUAUAUAGAAAAGUUAAGGAACUAUUGUGAUUGAAUGGGAGGCCGUAACGAGGACGUGUUUUCUGAGAUUAGAUUGUUGUAUUCCCUCAUUGUUUUACCCGUCAUGAGAGGAAAAGAGUAAGUUUGAUCACACAUGUACAUUAUUCGAAUUAACAAAUAAAAAAAGAUAAUGUCGUUUCCUUCCAGUCCUCAGAAGACUUCAUACGCACACACAAACACACACACACACACACACACACACACACUAAUAUGCACAGAAAACAAGUUGCAAUGAAACGAGCAUCUAUUCCUUCUCUUCCAGGUUCUUUCUUAUUUUAUUGCCUCCAGGAACAUGGAAACAAAUGAUUGUAUGAGCUUGGUUGUAUGAUAUGGUCACAGGUCCUUUCAAAAAAAUCCAAUUAAUGAAGAUUCAUUAUUAAGGUGUAUUUUAAGUAGCCUUUUGAGUUUGUGUAUAUAAGCUGUAUUAAUUUCUUAAAAACUAUGAAGAGUUUUAGGCUUCACAUGAUUUUUUUUUUUUUCAAAGAAUACCUUUUAUGUGUUUCGUUCAUCGGUUUGUGAUUCAAGAAAAAAAAUAUAUACAUUUUGAGCACACUUUACUGAAGGAAGUUCUUUCAUGUUAUGUGUCCUACUAAAUACUGGACAGACCCUUAACGCCCCCACCGCCCUCCCCCCCACUGUGUGUGUGUCCAUAACAUCAAUGACUACAGUAGCACUCCAGCAUUUUUGGGGCCAUGUCGCAGAACCAAAUGUCUUUGUUUUCUUUUGCUCUUGCAUGGAUGUCACUUGUAGAUUGCCAGGCUCAGGUUUGCAGCUUCAGAGACUUCAAAUGUGAAGAAUGGUGGACUUGUACACACUGUAUUUAAAAAAAAAAACCCCCAAGGGAGUCUCACAAAUAGCUGAUUUGGUCAGUAGUGCAGGGGUAGGGAACCUUUUAAUGACGCAGUGGUACCUUGAAAAAAACAAGUGACCCCACUUGUGGGUUUUUCGAGAUAGAAAACCGAGCAUGAUGCGAUUGCAGCAAACUCAACUCGCUCUUCCAGGAAGCAAAAAUACGCUUCAAGCUGGUUACUGUCCAACUAGGAAAAUUACAAGUUUUGUGCUUCAAAGGAUUAAAUAACUUGGCUGUUGAAAUAUCCUUGCUCGCUUGAUGCUAACACAUAAUUGAAAACGCCAUACACGCUUUAAUCGAUAGUCGCUGUGCUAUAAACCUUUAGACAACUGAUAUGUAUCCACACACAUCACACAUAUUCUUUGUCCUGGAUAAAAAAAAAUGGGUAAUUUUGCAGCUCACUGAACUAACUCGGCGAUGCUUCGUUUGUCUGGACUGUAUAACUAUUAUACUGCCCCCUUGUGUCCAAGGCGGGCACACCCAAAAAAGCAGCACAAAAACAAUUGAAUAGAACCAUUACAUAUCUCAAGGUACCACUCCAUAUAUAUAUAUAUAUAUAUAUGAUCAAAUGUUCAAUGUAUCUGGUAAGUUCAUCAGAGGGAUUUUUUCUACGUUCCCACGGGCCAUGGGUUCCCUACCCCUGCUGCAUUGGGUGGCAAAAGAUUCCAUUUCAGUGGUAAUUUGUACCCAUCUCAAGAAUGACUUUUUUCAAGUAACCCUGCACCCUGUGAUCACUUUAUGCCAAAACGCCUUCACUUCCAUCGUCAACAGACCAUCUUUACUGUACACACACCACGCCAACGUCUCAGGAAGGAAUCAUUUUGUAUGCUUGGCCUGUCCUUCGUAUAUGUUCUGUACUGCACUCCCCGUCAUCACACACACACUCGCACACACACUCUGCUACUGAGCCCUGAUAUUUUCCUUCAGUCACACACCCACACACACACAAGAGAAACUGAAAGAGACCCAGUGACAUCCGUAUGGUCCAAGCUGCUUCCCUCGCAAUGCAAGACUGUCUGAAAGAGCGCACAACUUGACUCUCUUUCCACGGCUCAUCUGGAUUACUUACAUUUGAGAAGUAUGGAAUAUGUUGCAAUUUUUUUUGUCAAGAUUAUCAAGUGACUUUGGGGAAAAAAGAAGAAAGAAAACAAAAAAAAAUCCCAAAAAAUAAAUAAAAACCAACAUUUAAUAAUAAA